CGUUGUUGACGGGUGAAGCAAGAUGGCUGCGCCCGGUUAUCGAGGCGUGAGUGAUGGAGCCAGGGCUGAGACGAGCUUUCGGAGAAAGGUGCGGGGAAAGCUCCCGGCCAUCAGCGGGACCCGGCCCUCCGUGCACAAUGGGCAGCUCCUCGUCUCCACCGGCGUGCCCUCUCUGGAUCACAUCCUAGGCGGUGGUCUUGCUGUGGGGACACUACUCCUAAUAGAGGAGGACACCUACAGCACUUACUCCAACCUUCUGCUCAAGUAUUUCCUGGCGGAAGGAAUAAUCUGCGGACAUGAGGUCUUUGUCGCGUCUGCCAGUGAUAGUCCACACAAAAUCUUAAAGGACCUUCCAGCACCUCUUACAGAUGAAAUACCACGGCAGGACGAUAAAGCAAGGGUCACAGAAGGUCCCAGAUCAGCAGAAGACACAAUGAAGAUAGCAUGGCGCUACCAGAACCUGCCAAAAUUGGAGUCUGUUUCUUUAUCCUCAUCAAGAUUUGGCCAUUAUUACGAUAUAUCUAAAAGUAUAUCUCCAGAUCUGCUGCAAUCUGCCAAGACACACAGCUACUACCUUCCCAGUAUUAUACCUCUGGAUGGAACGUACGGCUCUUCCAAUGAGAUGGCCUGCGACUACCUCCAGCUUCUCCAGUCUAUCCAAGGCGUUGUACACCAGGGUGGCUUUGACGGAUCCAUCCCCCAGCAGAAAGGGCAGAAGAACAUUCUGCGGAUCGGAAUUCAGUCUCUGGCGUCGGUGCUGUGGGGCGACGAUGUCUGUACUCAGGAGCAGCCUCACAAUCUCCACAGCUUGACUCGUUUUUUGUAUGCCCUCCGAGGUCUCUUGCGGUCCUCGCUGUCGGUGUGCGUCAUCACAGUACCUACACAUCUCAUCCAGAAUAAAGCAAUUAUUGCACGUGUGAGAAACUUGUCAGAUACGGUAGUUGGCCUUGAAUCAUUUAUCGGCUCGGAGAGGGAAUCCAAUCCAUUAUACAAAGACUAUCAUGGUUUAUUUCUUGUUCACAAGAUUCCUCGACUCAACAGUUUGAUUUCUGAAGGGCCCGACACCAAGGACCUGGCUUUUAAGUUAAAAAGAAAGAUGUUCAGCCUCGAGAGACUACAUUUGCCUCCAGACUUGUCAGACACAGUGAGUCGUUCAAGCAAACAGGAUCUGGCAGGGUCGACCAAACUGCUGAGCUCAGGAUGUGGCUCUGCCGCCGCAGGCAAGAAGCACCUGGACUUCUAGUGAUUUCUACUAAGCAGAUAUGUUCACAAACCCUGGCGCCCAAAUGGGGCACCAUCAUCAUCAACAUUAUGCAUUUUUAUAUAACUAUUAAAAUAGUAUUCGCAUAACUGGCCUGAGUCUCUCUUUUAAGAGUUACAAGAAUAUGUAAGAGGUUUGUAUAUUAUUUUUUUAUCAUCAUUUU